AUGUCGUCUGAUUUGUGUACAGACGAUCUAAAUGACAUUGAUACAACGUUGAUGACUUUGCGUAAACCUACAGAAUUGAAAAAAGUUAUUGAUUCCAUACCCAAGCCUGUAAGAGCAGUGCCCAAGAAUGGACUCCCAAUGUGGUACCGAUUGGGUUUGGAGAAUAAAUUGCCAGUACCGAAAAUGCCAAAGGGCAGAAUUAUUUUCUCACGAGGAAAAAUUGGUGAAGAUGUUCGGCGUCUUGGUUUAGGUAAAGAUGGGCCAACUCCAUCUUUUGACCUUACGGACCCAUAUUGUAACAACGUUUCCUACGACUAUGUUCCUGUUCAUGAUCCACACUUAGCGCAUCACUUCGCCCAGAAACCAGCUCGUAACAGGAUGAAGCACCUUGGUUACUGUACAAAGGACGGACGCGCUGUCUGCUCUUUAAAAGACUUCAAUCAAUAUAGAAAAUAUCUAUACAAUCAGUUUAUGGACAGAAUUCACUUGGAAAUGAAGAAAUUAGAUGAACGGGCUAAAGAUGAUUUAACACUGAAACGUGUGGAAGUAGAUGUGGCAAGAAGGCUGCAAGUGUUUACGAAGGCAGAACGAGCGCGGGAACAUUUGGAAAGAGUGGCGCAAGAGCACGCUGACGAGUGGGCAGAGAAGAAACGUUUAGCAAAAGAACAAGAAAAGAAAGUUCAAGCUAGAAUGAAUUAUUUGGCUGAAUACAACAAAAAACAACGGCAAGAGCGCGCCUUGCGUGCAGCAGAGAAGCAGAACAGAAUAAAGCAGCGUGUCCAAGCAGCUGCCGAGAUGGAACUCCGAAGAAAGAUUACGAUGGUUCGGCAGUGGAGGGCAAAUGAGAAGAAACGAUUGAAUAGACUUAAGCAAGAGCGAGAUGAGAAACAAAAGAAACAGGAUGAUCAGGCGAACAAUAAGUGGGAAAUGCGUGUAAAUGCACAAAACCUCAAAAUACAAGAAGAAGCUUUGCUUCUCAAAAUUUAUACUGAGGAUAUGAAUGCUGCCGCCAUGAGACGAGUUAGAAAGGCGGAGGUAUAUGCUUUCAACACGGACUUGGAGCUCGCUCGCAUUCGUCUCGCCAAUUGGAAGCAGAUGCACGGUGGAACGGCUAAAGCUGCAAACCUUGUGCGCAAGAUGGGUGCGGAGUUUGAAAAGUCGAAGAGAGGGGCUAAAGGCAUGAGUCCGGAACUUGCACAAGAAUUGGCGACUGAAGCGAUGAACGCGGCCGUUAGUACGGAUGGCGAUCGUCUUAUGACACUGGGUCAGGCGAGGGCCUGGAUGGACUUGGUGACAGUUCUUCCGCCAGCACCUAUUAGAAUACUUGACGAGAUGUUAGAAAGCGCCGUGAUGGAGUUCGCCAGGCGUCGCGUCAACUUACUUCUCAGAGAUAUUGAAAGGAUGGUUAAGUCCAGGGCCGCCGUAAUUUUCUUCCAAAACUAUAGACCUGCACCUAAGAAAAGGCGUAGCAAAGUGUCUCGUUGGUCAAUACACGUGGCGACGGAACUUGCACGGCAGUUCAUCCAUGGGAAAGGCGGAAUCGGUUUUGGCUCUGUGGUCAAUAUACCUAAUGAAACCACAACAGAUUUUGAAAUGAAGAGCGUCAAGGAUCGACCUCCAACACCAGUGCCGUCUAAAACAAAAUUGGCUGAAGUGACGUUCUCGGACAGAGUUGAAGAUCUUCCCGACCCAGUGGCCGUUGGAUCUUAUCUCCCCGAGAGAAAUAAGUUGCUAGAGAUGGUGAACGCAGCAGCUAAGUUACUGUCUCGUUCAGUGAGCCAGACAGUGGAAAAAGGAAUGGAUGUCACCAUAGGGACAGUUACGCUACCGCAUAUGAGACAUCCCAUUGAAUGGGGGGAGGCUGUGGAAGGUCUUGCAGAUGCUGUAGUAAACAACAGAGUACAUGGAGACUGCGCAGAUGUGCGUCGUGCCAGUGGGUAUUUAGCGAGACGCAUACUAAGCUCACUACUUGUGGAUAUGAAGCAAGAAAAACAAAGAAGGAAACUAAGCAAUGUCUCGUGUGAAGAGGAAAAGAAAGAUUUUUAUGUUCCUGAAAAAGUAGAUAGCCCAUGUAGCGCAUGA